CGGCUUCGGUGCAAGCAGACAACGGCACACAACCCUCAACACUCAGCACAGUCUUCUUUAGACAGACAAACGUGUGAGACGUCUUAGCACAUUACGUUCCGUCGCUCAACGAGACAAACGCGGCUCUCUACUUCUACUUUCCAUUGAUCACACGACGGCACCUAAAUACUCGUAAGAGUCUAUAAAACGGUAUUAAAGCUAACUGAAAUCAAGCAAAUCAAUUCAAUUCACUUGUUGCUGCUCUCAAAUAAACAACAUCUCAUCCGUCGUGAAAAGAAACAAAAAAAAUAUCAAACAACUUCUCCCAGUUUUUUCUAAUUCGUUUUUCCCGGCGUCACUAUUUAUACUAUUAUUGUUAUUUAUUGCGGUUGAUUGCGGCUGUUGAUAUUGUAAACGUGAUUUGUUUUGUUGUUUUUACUGAGAAAGCAUCUGCAUUGUACGUAGUACUAGUACUAAGUAAAUUAAACAAAAGUUCCACCCUCGAAACGUCGGAAAAAUGAGCUCACACUGGGGUUACACCGCUGAAAAUGGUCCUGCUCAUUGGGCCAAACAAUUCCCGCAGGCUUCGGGACACAGACAAUCACCAGUCGAUAUCACUCCUUCGUCAGCAAAGAAGGGUAGUGAAUUAAAUGUAGAAUCACUUAAAUGGAAAUAUGUUCCUGAACAUACACUCAGUCUUACAAAUCCAGGUUAUUGCUGGCGCGUUGAUGUUAAGGGUGUGGAUUCUGAACUCACUGGUGGACCAUUGGGCACAGACCUCUACAAAUUGGAGCAAUUCCACAGCCAUUGGGGUUGUACCGAUGACAAAGGUUCGGAGCACACCGUUGACGGUGUCUCUUACGCCGGCGAGUUGCAUCUUGUACACUGGAACACCACCAAAUACAAGACAUUCGCCGAGGCUGCUAGCGCACCUGAUGGCUUAGCAGUGCUGGGUGUUUUCUUCGAGGCCAGUGACAAUGCUCAUCCGGAAUUGGAGAAGAUCACCAAUCUGUUGCCAUUCGUUGUGCACAAAGGGGAUCGCGUGACUCUGCCAAGCGCUUGCGAUCCCAGCAAGCUAUUGCCCACCACCACCACUUACUGGACCUACGAGGGCUCACUUACCACACCACCAUGCUCCGAGUCGGUCAUUUGGAUUGUUUUCAAGACACCGAUCCAAGUAUCACGCGAUCAGUUGGAUGCCAUGCGCAACCUCAAUUGCUAUGAUGUUAAGGAUGAGUGUCCAUGCAACGAGUUGAACGGAAAGGUCAUCAACAACUUCCGUCCACCAUUGCCGUUGGGUAACCGUGUGUUGCGCGAAAUCAGUGGACAUUAAGUCAACGCAUGCCUACAAAAAACCGCAUUCAAAAUUGGAAAUGAAAAAAAAAAAACAAAAACAAAA